GCAGCUUCUGAUGCUGUAGCAUUACCGCAAUGAGGGGGAUGUAGCAGUUGUGGUCGGACAGAUGGGACCUCAAGAUUGACUGUGACUCACCACAAAGCGACGAGAAAAGCAAAAUGUGUCCUUAAUAGACGAUUGUUUCACUGGACAGGAGGGUCGAAGCUGGACGCGACCGUUUCCGAGCCGCAUUCAAGACCUGAGGACUGGCCAAAGAGCUCCCAGAACUCCAAGGACAAUAUGAGCCCUCAUAGCUGAAGGUCAGAGUCAAGUGGAGCCAGUACUGAAAGAAAAUAUCUGACGGUAUUCAGGAUGAUUCUGCUGAGUUUAUCUGAAUCUGUUGUUCUUCAACCUCAUUUCAGCAUCAACUAUGGAUAACAAUGCAAAAACAGGCUCUUUGUUGAGACUCUGAUUUCACAGGAAUUGGCAGAUGCUUGACAGCCCUGCUAUGGGAUAUUUUUGGACCUCUCUGGUGUCAGUUUCUUUAUUGUCUUUUCAGGUUUGUCUGUCUCCAAAUAAUGUGGUAAAAGUUUCUAAAUUGGACAGCCAGUCAUGCUAAGCAAUUAGCAUGAAAGCAAACCUCUGUAUUGGUGUAUUUUAGCAUCAUUUCAUUGUCUUAGAUAUAUCAGGGUGUCAUAUCAUGGACAUUUGUAUUAUGUCAAGAGUUCUAUUACAUCUCAGUUCUGCUUCUGUGGACCUCUAAUCGGCAGUAAGUACUGCAGGCUAUUUGAAAAAUGCAUUUAAACAAUUGCUUUUGGUGAAAAGCAAAGGCAAAGCUAAAAAAAAAAUUAAAACAAGGACGGUGCUCAGGUGCUGCCGCUAAAAUCUGCUUCAUUUGAACAUUCGCACCUGCUUUCUGGCUCUUCCAGUCCUACAUCUCUCAGGAUGAGCCAGAAGUCAGACUCAGAGACGGAGGGCUCCCAGGCACCGGUGAUUUACACAGUGGAGGAACUGGAGUGCAAGAUCUGUUACAAUCGCUUUGACACUCGAGCCAGAAAGCCCAAAGUGUUGAGCUGCCUGCACCGCGUCUGUGCCAAAUGUCUCAAGAAAAUGGUAGAGCUGGACUCAUCUCCAAGCAUCAUCAGCUGCCCCUUCUGCCGCCAUGAGACUCACGUCCCUGACGAGGAGAUCUGGUUGCUUCAAGAUGACAGCAACAUUUUGGCUAUUCUGACCUAUCAGGAUCGUGCCCGUAAGAGCGGCACUACACCCAGCGGUGAGGUCCUAUUGACACCCAACAGCCUGAGUGGAGGCGAGCAGGCUCACAGCUCCUCCGACUGCCUCGUUAUCACAAUCAUGGAAGUCCCUGGAGAGUCGCAGUCAUCAGACUCUAUGAGCAUGCUGAACAUGGUGCGCUUGUACCGGCCAGCAAGCCUGGACUCCUUACCUUGCCACCUACCAGUGCAGAAGUGCCGGGCAUGGACAUCCCGUUCAGUUCCCCGCUUUCUGAUGGGUUUCCUCUGCCUGGUGUACUUCAGUUCGCUGCCACUGGGGAUCUACUUGCUGAUGAUCCAACAGCUCACCAUGGGAGUGAUCCUGGUCAGCCUGGUGCCCUCCACUCUGGUCCUCUGCAUAUUCUACGGCUUCUGCCAAUGUCUGUGCCAUGAGAUCAUGGAGGCCAUCGCCACAUAGCACACCACAGUAACUAUGUUUCCAUCCAAAGAUGCUAAUUAGAUUUAUACACAAAACUGGAAAAUUGCUUAAAACAUUAGCGAAAAUUUCCAUCAAAUGAGAGAGAGAGCAAAAUUGUAAUUUGUAGGUAAAUUGGCAACAAAUAUCACAAAGAAAUAGGGAAUUUGCUGCAUUAAGGCUGGUUUAUACUUCUGCGUCGAGCGAUCGCCAUGACCCACGGCGCAUACCUUGCACGUUGUCGUGCAUAUAUACUUCUGCGCACUGUUUGUGUUGCUCUGCAAUAACACUUCUGAAAUGCUAGCUGGCAGUGAGGUUAUUUUCCUGUGUCGAGUUUCUUCACUGGUAUCUUAUUUUCUCUGAACCCUACCUUAAUGUACAAGUAGCUAAAACUCGCUUAUUCUGAGGCGGGAACUAGUGUGUGUGUGCAACAACUUUAAUCAUAGGGUAAACACAAACCAAAAGUUUCCUUCUGGAGCUCCUUUAAGGGACUUGAAACUUGUAAACACUCGCUCCAACGGAGUUACUCUGCUUUCAUCCUCACUCACACUCGUUACCGCUACUAAGCGUGACCAAUCACAGCUUGUGCUACACGCCGUUGCAAUGUGUUGUUACUUUUUAUAAAAGGUGUGCGUCAGCCACCACAAGGGGUAAGCAACCAUGUGAAGGCUGCACAGGAGCAUACAUGUGCACUUGACGCAGAAGAUAAAUCAGCCUUUGGAAGCCACUGUGGGCCUUUUUUCUUAUAUGAUCAAUCACUUGAGCCUCAGAAGACGAAGACAAAAUGCAAUGAACGUGCAGUGGUUUUUGGAGGCGCAAGUCUUUGGGAGUGCAGACACUCAAGACUGGAGGUGAUAAUACUGAACCACUGUGAUGACAGACUUUGGCUGAGGCAUUUUAGAAUGGCCAAAACAACAUUUCAGGUGUUGUGAAAUGUGGUCGGCCUGCUGGUUUGUCCAAUAUUGCCAUGCCAUCACACUAAUUUUAAUCGAAAUCACAUGACUUGCAUAUGCACAUACUGGAAUUUAUUCAGUAAAUGGGUUUCCGUUGUAGUUUACAUGUAUAUAUUAUAUAUUUUGUGAUCGGAUAAAAAUUGUAUCCCACUCCAUUAAGCACAUAAGCUUUUAGCCGCAUUUUCAACAUUCAUGUGCAUCUUUUCAUUUCUAUUAAGCAUUUUUUAAGCAAUAUUCCAAAAGGCAUGUAAAAAUAGGUGGAUGGAAACAUAGCUAAUAGUGCUAAUCUCUGAAAUAGCAAGACCUGUAAAAGAACAAAAGCCAAAUGACUGAUGCAUAUCUGCUCCUCCUAGACACCCCAUUGCACCUGAUUAUACCAGCAUCUACCAGUGAAGUCCUUGUGAAUCACCUCACGUUGUACGCAGGGGCAAGUAUACUUGACUUUAGCUUGAUUACCAGUGCAAGCUGGAGGUAUUGAUUUUAGACUGCAACAGAUCGCUGUGGUUUUGUAUCACGUCUAGCUCACCCAAUGGGUCUUCAACAACUGUGAUAUAAAUAACCCACAACGGAGAAUGAAGUCCUUCCACAGUUUAAUAUGGAAACCACAGGAUGUGUUCGAUAAUACUAGAUGAAUUUGUUCAUUUUCCGUUAUCUUUGGAUAUCUGUGGUAUUAUUUCAAUCAUUGUCUCAAUGUUCUCGUUGAAGUUCCUAGUUGCCUUUGUAAGGCAUGUCAAUGGCCAAGCUGUAAUGUAUAUGUACAUCAAGUGAAUUUGUGUUUGUCAUUGCUAUGAGAAUGGACAAAUACUUUGAAGCCACCUGUUAGAUAUUCAAUAAAGAUUCUCCAUAUCUAACUCAA